GAGAGAGAGAGAGAGAGAGAGACAGAGAGAGCGGUAGCCAAGCAGAUAUGCUACCCUACCGAUUUGGUUAAAAUCACCUCAGUAUAUGUAAUCUUGUCAUGUCAGUCCAUUCACACUGAUGUUAAUGCGAUGACGUUCAAUGGCUGUUUAAUCUGUUGGGGAAACUGAGCGAGGCGUGAGUCGUGCGGCGUGGAAGGUUUCCCGGUCCUCUGCAGUUGCGGCUGCAAUGCUCCAGCAAGAGGUGAAUACGCUGUACGAGCGAUGCAGAGUAAUGGAAUCUUUUUUUGAACAAUGCCUACUGAACAUUCCUAUCGUUUCAAAUGAAAUGAUGUCAACAGAAAGACAAGCGAAAGGGUUCUCACUAAGCAUGGAUUAAGGAAGGCGUGAAUUUCAAGUAGUUUUAGACAAGCUGCGAACUCAAACGUCUGCAGGACACCGGAUUGAAGGUCUCACCAGCAGCAUUUCAGUGUACGUAAUGAAGAUGUGUUCACUCAGCUUCGAAUGGAUGUCCGAAUGAAUGCUAACGUUACUGUCUUCACCUGGAUGACCGGCUGCAUACACUGAACGUCCUGCAAACUCUUAGAUGAAUUUACCCGAUAUAAAAAUGGGAAGUGAGAUGCUGCCCACACUGGAGCAUUUCAUGCUAACCCCCCUUGUCACCUGGGUGAAGACAUUUGGGUACAUAGGUGAGAAGGAUGGCAGUGUACUUUCGGAGUACACUGAGUUAGUGGAUGGGUACCACCUGAACAAGAUUAUAGGGGAAAUAGAGCCCAAAGCCACCAGUCCGAGGGUGAAGAAAGCAGACAACGAGCCGAGCCAGAGGAUUCAGAACCUGGCGGUUCUGGUGCAGCAUGUUAAAGCCUACUACCAGGAGACUCUACAGCAACUGAUCAUGAUGCCUCUUCCUAAUGCGCUGGUGCUGGGCAAGAACCCUUUCUGUGAGCAAAGCGUUGAGGAAAUGAAGAAGCUGUUGCUGCUGUUACUAGGAUGUGCUGUGCAGUGUGACCGGAAAGAGGAGUACAUCGAGAAGAUUCAGAUGCUGGACUUUGGCACUAAGGCAGCCAUAGCAUCCCACAUCCAAGAGGUCACUGACAGUCAGGACAGCGUGUUUGACCUGCAUUGGCUGGAGGUCAGCGACCUUUGCCCUGAAGACCUGGACACCCUCUCCAGGAGCAUGGCUGUGCACCUCCGCAGGCUGGUGGACCAGCGAGACCAGCAGCUGGAGACCAUCAUGGAGCUGUUACAGGAGAGGGAGAGCGGUUAUCUGACCCCGACCAGGACCCCGUCCCCUGGGGACCCCGGGGGCCUUCACCUGCCCGGCUUUCAGCAGCACCUGACCGUGGAGCUGGCCGACACCAAGGCCAAGAGCCGACGCCUCCGACAGGAGCUGGAGGAGAAAAGCGAGCAGCUGUUGGACUGCAGGCAGGAGCUGGAGAGUAUGGAAGCUGAGCUGAGGAGAGUUCAGCAGGAGAACAUGCAGCUGCUGACGGACGCGCGAGCGGCGAGGACAUACCGGGAUGAGCUGGAUGCCCUGCGGGAGAAGGCGCUCCGAGCCGACAAGCUGGAGAGCGAAGUGGGCCGCUACCGCGACCGCCUCCACAACCUGGAGUUCUACAAAGCAAAAGUGGAGGAGCUGAAGGAGGACAACCAGGUGCUGCUGGAGACUAAGGCCAUGCUGGAGGAGCAGCUGGAGGGGUCCAGGGCGCGCUCCGACAAACUCCACCAGCUCGAGAAACACAGUCUGCAGCUGCAGGCCAAGAUCCACGACAUGGAGGAGGAGCGAGCGUCAGACCGGAGGCGCAUCGAGGAGCUGCUGGAGGAGAACCUGUUCCUGGAGAUGGCCCAGAAGAGGAGCAUGGAGGAGUCACAGCACCUUGGCUGGGAGCUGGAGCAGCUCAGCAAAUCCUCAGAGGGACCGGAGGGCUCAGUGCCGAAGUCUCUGGAUGAGGAGGUGGCUGAGAGGGCCUGUAGCCGCCUGUUGAGGCUGGAGAGGGAGAACCAGACCCUGCGCAGAACCGUAGAAGAACUCAGAGGAACCAGGGAACCUUCUGAAGAACACAAGAGAGAUAUAUCACAUAAAGUAAGGAUGCUGAUGGAGGAGAAUGAGCUCCUGAACAGAAGCAUCUCCUCCCUGAAUCAGAUUGAGGAGACCAGCACUGAAGGUUCUGCUGAAGAAGACCUGAGGAAAUCACCCCCAGAGUCUAGAGACGUCAGCGACAACAAUGACAACAAGAGGCUGGUGGAGCAGGAGGAGUUAGUGGAGGCUGAGAGGGAGGCGGCAUUGAGGGAGAUUUCUGAGGAGGUGCAGCAUUAUCUGGAGGAGAGGAGGAACCUGCAGGAGAAAGGAGAUCCAUCCAAGUUUGAGGAGGAAGAAGAAGAGAGGGGAUCUCCAGGAGGUCUGAAGAGAAGAAGCCCGGAGCUCAGCCUUGACAACCCAGAGCCGUCCCCCCUCAAGCCCCUCUCCGAGGCCAGCCCGCUGGGCCAGAGCCCGUCCAUCUCCCCGGCCCGGUCCUCCAGCUCCACCAAUAUCUGCCGCCGGUCCGAUUCUCGCUCCUGCUGCACCACGCGUGACGCAGAGAACCGGCGGCUGGCCUCGGCACUGGAGAACUCGGCGCGGCGCCUGCGGCGCCUGGAGGGGGAGCUCCGCGAGCUGGAGGCCGAGAACCAGACGCUGCAGCGGGCGCUGGAGGAGCUGCGUCUGGCCGGGCGGCGUCUGGAGCGCCUGGAGGCCAACGGCCAGGCCCUGGAGCAGGAGGCGGCCCAGCUGGAGCGCGACAAGGGCCGCCUGGAGAAGGAGAACCGCAGGCUGAGGCAGCGGGCCGAGGUGCAGGAGGCCUCGCUGGACGCCAGCGCGCUCAGGCAGGCCUCCCUGGAGAAGGAGAACCGCACCCUGGGGAAAGAGCUGGAGGCGCUCAGGGAGGCCGGAGCCAGGGUGAAGGAGCUGGAGAUGGAGUCCAGGGAGAUGCUGAAGCAGACGGCCAUCGACCAAAGGACUCUGAGCACACUGAGGGAGGAGCUGGUGAGUGAGAAGCUGAAGUGCCAGCAGAGGGAUAGUGAGGUGAAGAGACUCACACAGGAGAUGGAGAGAAUGGGCUACAAACAGCAGCAGCAGCAGCAGGAUCCUCUAUCUGCAGACCUGCUGCAUGUUGAUAACAGUCGGUAUAAGCAGCUGGAGUCUGAACUGGAGUCGUCUCUGAAGAGGUGUGUGGAGAUUAAAGAGGAGAAGAUGGCUGCUCUAGAGGCCCGUCUACAGGAGUCCUCCAGCCUCAACCACCAGCUGCGGCAAGAGCUCCGCUCAGUAAAGCUGAGCUAUGAGGCACUGCUGCAGAGGCAGGAGGAGGAGGAGUGUGCAGGAGUGGGUGGGCGUGGCUCAGGCUCCGCCCAGGGGGAGGGUUCAGUCAGAGAGUGGCAGCGGGAGAGCCAGGAGGUCACUCGUGAGCUGCUCAGGGUUAAGGACCGCCUUAUCGAUGUGGAGAGGAACAAUGCCACCCUGCAGGCGGAGCGGCAGGCCCUGCAGACGCAGCUGCUGCAGCUGCAGGCGCAGACAGAUGGCCUGCGCGCUCAGGUCCUGGCCCUGCAACGGCAGACCGCCUCGCUGCAGGAGAGCAACACCACCCUGCAGACACAGAAUGCCCAGCUGCAGGUGGAGAAGUCCACGUUGAACUCUCAGAGCGCCGCCCUGCUGGCGGAGAAUGCGCAGGUGCAGCGGCAGCAGUUCAGCGCGGAGAGCGAGAGGGACGGGGCAGUGCGCGACCGCGAGGACCUGCGCACCGUCAACGAGCUGCUGCUGCGCGACCACGAGCGUCUGGCGGCGCUGCACGAGCGCCAGGCGGCCGAGUACGAGGCACUGAUCAUGCGCCACGGCGGUCUCAAGAGCCAGCACCGCAGCCUGGAGCUGGACCACCACGCCCUGGAGGACAGGUAUAACACACUGCUGCAGCAGAAAACCCAUCUGGAGGUGCUGGAGAAGGCUCUGCGAGAGGAACAGCAGCAACUGCAGCAGGAGAGAGUGACGCUCAGGAGCACCACCUCAGAGUGCCAGAGACUCAGGGACGAGAAGGACUGGCUGAACCAGACCUACCAGAAGCUUCUGAGGGAGAACGAAGAGCUGCAGACGGAGCACAAGAGCAUGAAGAGCCUGCUGAACGCCUCCCGGCUGGAGCAGACACGCCUGGAGACCGACCUCUCCAAGCUAAGGGAGCAGCACCAGCAACUGGACAUCACCUCCACCAAACUCAACAAUCAGUGUGAGCUGCUGACCCAGCUGAAGAAGAACAUGGAGGAGGAGAACCGGCACCUUGUGGACCAGAUCCAGACACUGAUGCUACAAAACCGGACUCUACUGGAGCAGACCGUGGAGAGCAAGGACCUGUUCCACGUGGAGCAGAGACAGUAUAUAGACAAACUGAAUGAGCUGAGGAGGCAGAAAGAGAAACUGGAGGAAAAGAUCAUGGACCAGUACAAGUUCUAUGACCCCUCACCCCCAAGAAGACGAGGCAACUGGAUCGCGCUGAAAAUGAGGAAGCUGAUCAAGUCUCGAAGCCGCGAGCGAGAUCGGGACCAUGACCAGGACCAGGAGCGAGGCCGCGACCGCAUUCGCUCGCUGACACCCACACGCUCCGAGUCGUGCGAGGGACUCCCCUGCCAUGACAACGGCUCCUUCGUGAGCUCGCACGGCUCGGCCGAGUCAGCCGCCAACUCGCUGGACGACAACCUGUCGCCCAAGCGCAGCAACAUUGCCGUCCUGAAAAUGUUCCCCCUCAUGCGGAACAGACAGAAGGAGAAAGACAAAGUCAGGUCCUUCUUCCGUCGUUCCCUGUCUAAGAACUAUGCUGAAGAUGUGGCCCGUACUAGCCAAGGGAGUAACGAUGAACGCCAGAGUCGGGGCGGUCUGAACAGCACCCAGAGCGAGAGCAGUGGUGAGUUCAGCCUGGAGAAUGAGGGCUGGUCCAGCGGCAGCAGCCCGGCCCAGUGCGCCCCCUCACGACGGGGCAGCGACUGCUCCCAUGUACCCCCUGCCGCCACCUCCACCCCCACCCAAGCCUCCGCGCCUCCCAAACCCCCCCGGGACGGGGCGGCCCUGGAGUCCUACGCCUCCGGGCGGGGGGUGUGGCGCUCCAGCAGCGGGCGAGCGACGGGCCCCCGGGGAGUCCUGAGCCAGACACAGACCCAGACCUUCCGCACGGUGGCCAUCUCCAUCGAGGGCAGCAGGGCGGCUGGCGCCAGCCCACCACCACCGGAGGUCCAGGUCCAGGACAAACCCUCCGGCGCCGCCGGAUGUCUGGACUGCUUCUCAGCGCCGCUGAGGAGAGAGGCUCAAGGCGAAGGUCAGGGGGGGCAAAGUCGUGGGGGUAGGGGUCAAGGUCGGGUGGCACGGGCCUUCUCCACGCUCCCGCGCGCCAGUAGCGUCAUCUCCACCUCUGAGGGCUCCAUCCGCCGCGCCAGCUUCCACAGCAUGAUGUCUAAGUCAGCCACACCCUCGCCCCACAAGCCCACCACAGACAAGAACCUCAACCUGACCACAAACCUGACCGCCAACCCCACCUCUGUGCUCGGUGAGCCGGGAGGAGAGUCCUCCGCAGCACCCCCCCGCGCAGAGGCCCCCGAGGGCUCCCUGGAGCCCCCCCUCUUCGGCUACCCCUUCACUCUGGACUCGGUCUUCACCAACACCAUCUUCAGCGAGUCCAGCCUGGUCAGCAGUGGAGGCAACAGCCAGACCUUCCUCUGCCUCAACCCGGCUCUUGUCCACAACAUCAGCGGCCCCCCGCUCACGGGCCCUCUGCCCUUUGAGGAGGCACAAGAGCUGGUCGACCUCCACAUGGAGCAGGACGAGGCCCAGGAGGGAGAAGCAGGGCAGGGGCCACAGGACUGCUCCACCAGUGAGGACUACAUGACGGUCACGGAGAAGUCAGCCUCACUCGCCCCCGACAACAAACACUCCCUGAUGGCGUAAGCAGAAGUGUAGACUAGUAGCACAAAGGUUAGGUCCUGAGAUAAUUCAGAAUGACCUUUUUUUUUUUUUGCCUCAAAUUAGUGAUAAUUUCAAUGAUUACGUGAAAAGCAACACCGGUCCCAACAGAGGGACUGACUCGACAUGUUAGGGGUCAACAUCUUCCCUUAAGAAAGGAGGCUGUGUUCGACUGUUUGUUUGACCACCUUCAAUCAAAAGUAUUACAUGAUGCUUGGAGUCUUGAUUAGUUGAAGCCCUGUUUCUUCCCCUUAUCUUGAAAGAUGACCAGGGAGUCAGUUGAAGCACACAGGUGACACUUGGAGUAACGAUAAACAAGUUGUGUUUUGGUGCUUUUCUACCGGUCCCACCUUGACAUGAGUGGUGGCAAAAAUGUCAGAGGGUUUGUAUAGUGCUGUAGAAAUCUCUGUAGGUAAUUAAUCACACCAUUCUGUACAGAUUCAGAUUAAUUGUACAUAAAAUCCAGGACUAAACAGCUGAACUUAGUAUUGUGUAGUAGUGAUAGAACCUAAGGCAUCUCACAGAGAGGAACUAUGGUUGACUUGCGUCAUGUUGUUCAGACAGUUCUACAUAAAAUGACUGAGGGUUUAAUGGUUGCAUGUAUAGAGACUACUGUUUGCACUGAACAUAGUGGCUAAUCCCAUGAACACUCAACUUCACUCUUAAACAGUAUUAUCUGAACACAUACAGUAGGCGCUGGACUCUGGACCUGUAAACACUGCAAGCAAUUUCAUCAUCUGUGUUAUUUAUUCUCUCAACAGUAAUAAUGUUCACUCAUUGCAGGUUGGCAUAUAAGCACAUCAGGCACCUGCAUGAAAAGGUUUUCUUUCUUUUUUUUUCAUGUUUAACACAGCUGAUUAUAAUGUAUGGGAUGAGUGACGAAUAAUCAUCACAACCUCCUGUUUUUCUAAAUUAAUUCAAUCCAUCCUUCCAUGCCCAGUGUGCAUGCUCAUUGUAAGUGCCUUUGGGGGUCAUCUUCAGACCAUAUGAUGAUGGGGAAGCGUUUGUGUCAGUCAUUGUGCAUUUCAUAACAAGAACAAGUUUGUGGAGUUGAAACGUCAGUGUUUUUCACUGAUACUGCACUGUUAGUGUUAUCAGUGACAGUUGUAUCAGUGUUGUCUGUUUUUGAACUUAGUUUGGAGUAUUAUUUGUUGUCGUGCGUUUUUUUUCUGUUUUAAAUAUUUGUUUUAGGUCUUUCUGUCAGACACUACCUGUUUGUGUUGCCGCUGAAGUGAUUUAUGUUGUGUUGCUUUGUGUCCAUAGGCAUAUGUUUGUAUAAUUUUGUUCCAUCUUGUCUAUGUACCUCUAAGACAUUUCUGUGUUGU